AUGAAGAUUUGAUUGGGGUUUAAUCAAAGUCAAAGGUAUUAAAGAGUAUGAAACGGAACCUCUUUGCAUCUUUCGAUCAGCCGCACCGGAUCUUUUCUUCCGUUUUCUUCUCCGACCUUCGAACGAGGCUUUUCUGCUGAGAUUCAAUCCUCUGCUAUUCACAGCUUUGCAAAUGAAUAUGAACUCAUCAGGCAAUCACCAGUGUCUGUAUAGCAGCAAGUUAACGAAAGGUACAGAUCAUUGUAAGAUGCUUGACAUAGAUCUAAAUUUGCCAGCUUCUUCUAAUGAAACGGAAGAACUGUCAACUCACAACAUCACCAACUCUGAUGAUGAGGCCCUCUCACGGCAUGCUGGAACGGGAAUCAGAAUGUCAGAAUCGUUGAAUGGCGGGCCAUAUAAUGAUGAUUCGGACACCAAGGAUUCUAAUAAAAAAGAUGCCUCUAGGAAGCAAAAAAGUAGCAGUAGUAGCACCGUUAAGUGGAAGCACCAAGUGAAGGUGAACCGGGAGAUAGGGCUUGAAGUGCCCCCGAAUGACGGUUAUAUGUGGAGGAAGUAUGGCCAAAAGGAAAUCCUUAAUGCCAAAUACCACAGAGAAUAUUACAGAUGCACGUACCGUAACACACACGGUUGUUGUGCAACUAAACAAGUUCAAAGAUCUAGCGAAGACCCGUCUACAUUUGACAUCACUUACCUCGGAAAACACACAUGUCCCAAGAUAUCAAAAACUGAUCAUCCCUCAUCUGCCACAGAAUCCGGUUAUGGCCUUAUAAAUUUUUCAUCGACACCAGAAUCUGCAUCUAGAACUUCGAGAACCAGUGAUCUAUUAUCAUCUGCAACACAAUCAUCUUCCAGAAAUUCUUUUGAACUAUCAAAUUGGCCUCUAAGACAUAACUGAGGAUUCAAGAACAGAUUACUCCAAACAGGCCUAUGAAUCGUAGCUGUAGAUUUUCUGAAUUUAUUGAGAUCGAUGGCAGCUACAAACCCUCUCGGAAUAGUUCAUGGUUGUUGCGAUUUGGUUAAAUUUACAGACUGCUUCGAUGUCCAGAAGUCAAGGUUUUUUUUCUUACUCAUGAUGUUUUAUUAUAUACACAGUGUCACACUAUAUACAAACUCAUAAGUGAAUUAUUAUUUGGUAGAUAA